AUGAUGCGACUUUUGAAGACAUCGGGGCAGCUGCCCAGGGCCCUCUGCAAGAACUACCAGCCAUCUCGAUCCUUCCACUUGACAGCAUCUUUGCGAAGCCGUGAUGCGUACCAAAUCCCCCUCAUCAUCAACGGCCGAGAUGUCACAACCGACACAUCGUUCCAAGUCCAGAGCCCCGCCACUGGAAAGCACGUCUGGAACUCGUCAUCAUGUUCGGAACAAGAUGCGCUGUCUGCCGUAGCAGCAGCCGAAAAGGCGUUUCCGGCAUGGUCGCAGACCAAGCCAUCAGUCCGCCGAGACAUUUUCUUGCGAGCUGCCGACAUCAUUACCAAGCGGAAGAGGGAGCUGGGAGAUUACAUGCACCAUGAGAUUGGAGCGGAUCAGUACUACCAAGAUUUCAUUCUGGGCUUGUCGAUUGAAGGGCUAAAGGAUACGGCUGGGAGGAUUCCAGAGGCGGUGCAGGGCUUUGUGCCUCACUUGAUACAUGAUGGUGCGCAUGGCAUUGUUUAUCGUGAGCCGUAUGGCGUGGUGCUAGGAAUCGGCCCUUGGAAUGCUCCGUACCACCUAGGCUUCCGCGCAGUCACAUUUGCGCUCGCCACGGGCAACACGGCGAUUCUCAAAGGCCCAGAGCUAUCACCACGGUGCUACUGGGCUAUUGCAGAUGUCUUCAGAGAAGCUGGGUUGCCGGAUGGAGCGCUCAAUCUCCUCUUCCACCGUCCUGCUGAUGCACCCAAGAUUACAGAGACACUGAUUGCUCAUCCGGCUGUGCGCAAGGUCAACUUUACGGGAAGCUCGCAUGUGGGAAGUGUCAUUUCUUCUAUUGCCGGGAAGCAUCUCAAGCCGGUGCUUAUGGAGUUGGGUGGCAAGGCAAGUGCCAUUGUCCUGAAGGACGCUGAUCUCAGUAAUGCUGCGGAGCAAUGCGCGCUGGGUGCUUUCUUGAAUGCUGGCCAGAUUUGCAUGUCUACCGAACGCAUCCUCGUCCACUCGUCCAUUGCGGAGGCUUUCAAAUCGCAACUCAAGGAAGCCAUCAGCAAGACGUUUGGUGCUGCAGACAACUGCCCAGUCGUCAUUACCAACGCCUCCGCAAAGAAGAACAGAAUACUGCUACAAGAUGCACUCGACAAGGGCGCCAGUCUCGUCUACGGUAAUCCUGCUGUAGUCGACACCAACGUCGAAUCGAAAAUGUCUCCAGUUGUCCUAGGCAACGUUACGCCCGACAUGGACAUCUAUGGCACAGAGUCAUUCGGUCCGAGUGUAUCGCUAUAUGCCUUUGACACUGAGGAAGAAGCAAUCGCACUGGGUAAUGAUACAGAGUAUGGACUGGCUGGCGCCGUCUUUACAGAGGACUUGAGGGCUGGCCUUCGGGUUGCGAGGCAACUGAGGGUUGGAGCUGCUCAUAUCAACACAAUGACUGUGCAUGAUGAGUUUGCUUUGCCGCAUGGUGGGUUUAAGAAGAGCGGCUUUGGCAGGUUUAACGGGAAACAAGGGCUCGAAGAGUUUGUGCAGUACAAGUCUGUCACUUGGGUAGAUAGCACCCAGAAGUAG